AUGAAUACAAACCAGCAAGGCCAGGCACAGCCGCAGGGCCAACAGCCCCAAGCUCAGGGACGGCCUCAGGCCCAAGGCCAGCAACAGCAGCAGGGUUCGCCGGCCCCAGGUCAGGCGGCAGCCCCGCGCCCGCAGCAGACACCCGUUUACAAUGCCGCUCAGAUCCGCCAGCUCACCAUCCUCUCCGAGGAGGAGAAGAGCAGAUACGCUGCUGGGCUGGAGAGCCUGUGGGCCAAGGUACGCGGCUCGGAAAAUGGGAGCAUGGAGCAUAAGGUCGCCACUGAGAAGAUCUUCCACUUCUCCAAAAUGUUGCAGGGCAAGAUUCAACAGCGCCAGGCGCAGCUUCAGGCUAGACAGCAGCAGAUACGACAGCAGCAGUUGCAGAACCAGCAGAAUCAACAGGCCCAACAGGCCCAAGGCCAGCAACCGCAGCAACCGCAGCAGCCUCAGCAGCAACCGCAGCAGCCUCAGCAGCCUCAGCAGCCUCAGCAACCACAGCAGCCCCGCCAACAGUCGCAGGGUCAGGGACAGCAGCCCCAGCAGCAGCCCCAGGCUCAGGCUCAAGGCCAGCCUCCCCGUCCUCCCUCGGCGGCAGCAGUCCAAAGGCCUCUUUCCCAGGGUCCCACGGCCCAGGGACAAGCGCAGCCUCAGGUGCAGAAUGCCGUUGCUGCUGCCGCCACUGCGGGUGCUCGGAACCUAGGUGCCGCGCCGCAGAACCAGCUCCCUGACAGCAUCUUGAACCACCUUCGACAGCUCCAGAUCCACAUCCCUCCGGAGAUGCGAGACAAGUCUACCGCCGAGCAGAACAAGUACGUCCAGGAGCUCAAGGGGAAGUACGGUCGCGUCCUGCUGUCCAUCGAGAAAUUCAAAGGUCGCAUCAAGGCCAUGGAUCGCCAGGUCGCCCUCAAGGCCUCCCAGGGUACCCCUUACACCGAGGACGAGCUCAAGAAGAUACAGGAGAACAAGGCUGCACAGGUCAAGCUGCUGAACGAUGCCGUCAAGUGGAUGGAAGGUUUCAAGAGACAAAGCCUCGAUCCCAACAACAGCAAUGUAACCCCUGCUUCUGCCGUCGCAGCUGCUGCUCAGGCUCAGGCUCAGGCCAGCCAGAAGGGAAAUCAACAACAGUCUCAGCAGGGUGGAGCUGAACCUUUGCAGCAACAAACACAGCAGCCUCAGCAGCAGCAUCCGGGCCAGGGAGGAAUGGCUGCUCCGUCUACCAACCCUACUCAUCCGAACCUACAAGCUGCUCAGGCCGGCAUCAAUAGGGCUUCACCUGCCAACGGAGUGCCGGCGACAAACAGCCAGGUGCCCAAGCCCAACAACAAUAACAACGUCAACAACGUCAACCGCAAUGCACCGAGCACCACGCAGCAGCAGGCGCAGCAGGCGCAGCAGGCGCAAAAGGCGGUCCACCCGCCCCAGGUGCCAGCUGCCGGCCAGCGACCGGGUGGUCCUGGAACACCAGCACAGGCAUCAGCCGCGAGGGUACAGACACCGGUGUCUGCAGGAACGCCUGUCGCGGCUGCGGGACCGGGCCGUCCACUUAGCCACUCGGACGCCAUCCAGCAGCAGACGCCCAUUCACUCCAAGAUGCCGAUCCCGAGGCAGCUGCCUGAUAAGUCCACAGCUGUUCCUCAGGGCGUCACCAUGGGCGGUGGAGUCAAGGGAAACCGUCCCACCCUCAACCAGGGCACGAGCACCAUGGGCUCAGCCAUGCACCAGCCCGUCAUCAACAAGAUCCCUGCGUACAACAACGAAGCCGAGGGAGAUCAUGUAUUGAGUAAGAAGAAGCUCGAUGAGCUUGUACGCCAGGUGUGUGGUGGCGUGUCGGAGGGUCAAGAGGGUAACUUGCUUACACCUGAAAACGUCCUCAACAUGGCCGACUCAUUCGUCGACAAUGUCCUCCACGCUGCUUGUCGAAACUCCAAGGAGCGCGGGUCCAAGGUACUGGAGAUUCGAGACAUCCAGCUCGUACUGGAGCGCACAUACAAUAUUCGCGUCCCCGGAUAUUCGUCUGAUGAGCUGAGGACGGUGCGCAAGGUGCAGCCUUCGCCUGGGUGGAUUGCCAAGAUGAGUGCCGUGCAGGCGGCAAAGGUGAUGCCAGGGAAGGGAGAGUAG